AUGUCCAAUUCUCAUGACCUCGACCUCCUUAACGCAGCGCUCACUGCAGUAAUGGGCAACCAUAAAUUUGUUUCAGAAAAAGAAUUUCGCGAAAGGCAAUCCCGUAAUGAAUUAAUCGGCAUUUAUCAAAAAAUUGACUUGGACUCAUUUCAUCAAUCCAAUCUUGUUGGUGGGCCGCUUUCAGACGAAACUAGGCCAACUACUCAAACUAGACAAACUACUCAAAUUGGACAAACUACUCAACUUUUCAUCAAGACACUUACUGGACAAACUAUCGCUUUAAAGGUCGGACGAAAUUUCACAAUUUGUGAUGUAAAACGGUUGGUUCAAGACAAGGAAGGUAUUCCGCCAGACCAACAACGUUUAAUUUAUGCUGGUAUACAAUUGGAAGACGAAAGAACACUUUCAGACUACAAAGUUUCAAACCUAGCUACAUUACAUCUUGUUUUGCGUCUUUGUGGUGGCGAAUGUACAUUCGAUUACUUGGACUCCUCCUUAUUAGACCCAAAAUAUAAUUACGAUUUUACAAAUAUCGAUGAUAAUGGAAGACAGUAUACGCGUGGUGGGGUCCCGUAUCAACGACCAUGCGGAUGGAAACGCAUUGCCUUAAAUGUUACCGGGAAGUACGAUAAUGGGGAUGAUAAAUGGCUUGGCACUGAUGAAGAUGCUUGGCCAGUAUCAUACCAUGGUACUGCGAAGCAUAAUGCGAGAUCAAUUUCUGCGGACGGCUAUUUAUUAAGUAAAGGAAAACGUUUUGCUUUUGGACGUGGUAUUUAUUCGACGCCUGUUGUGAACGUAGCUAAACUGUAUGCGCCAGAAUUUAAGUUUGAGGGGGUGAAAUAUGUUAUGAUAUUUCAGAAUCGGGUGAACCCAGCAAAUUUAGUGAAGAUUGACAAACAUAAGUUUUGGGUUUCCAAGGAAGAUAGUGAUGUCAGACCAUAUGGAAUUUGUAUCAAAAGAAAAGAUUACUAG